GUGGCCCUUUUUCAAGAGAUGUGUUAGUUAUCAGACUGGUUCAAAGCCCAGCAUUCUUCUGGAACUUCUCAUUGAAUUACAGCAGUCAACAGAGUACGGUACACAAGGAACGUCAAACGUAAACAAACACUAAACAAACAACAGAAAAGAAAACAUUCGGUAACGUCAAAAAAAGCAUCCUUCGAGGAAGAUGAAGCUGCAGAGUGGCCACGAAGUGGUUCCUUUGGAAGGAUCCGAAAAGGAGAAACAGUUGAAGGAUUUCCCGGGUUACGCAGGCGGUCUUAUUCGUCUGAUGCCCGGCAGGUGGCUUCUCACUCCCAUGUUCCAGACCGUCGCUGAUCGCAUUUAUAAUUUCCAGCACAAGAAAAGCGACGUGGUGGUGAUGACGUGGCCCAAGUGUGGCACGACCUGGACCCAGGAGAUCGUCUGGACGAUGAUGAACAGCCCCGACCUGGACCAUCCAGAUUCCCGCCUGCCCAUCCUGACGAGGUCGCCUUUCAUCGAGAACGACACAUUCGCCCCAGCGCUAAAACCCGGAGAAGUUCCCCCAUCAGACGACCCGUUUUACGUGGCUUUCAAGAAAGUGUGUCCUAAUAAAGAUCCUGCAGAUGGGAUGCACUUGCAGUUAACAAAACAUUUCCCCGACCCUAGGCUUAUCAAAACUCACUUACCGUUCUCUUUAAUGUCACCUUCGUUAUUGGAUACAUGCAAGGUGAUCUACGUAGCGAGGAACCCUAAAGAUAUCAUUGUAUCUUUCCACCACCAUUCAAGACUAAUGAAGUUGCAUAACUACGUUGGAAGCUUUGCAGAUUUCGUACAGUACUUCCUCGAUGACGACUUGAUAUAUGGCCCAUACUGGCUGCACCUGAAGGAGGCCUGGGAGAGGAGAAACCACAAAAACCUCCACUUCAUCUUCUACGAGGACCUGAAAGCGAACCCUCUGGGAGAGAUCAAGAAGCUGGACGCUUUCCUCAACACUGAGCUGACGGAUGCCCAGCUGGACGGUAUAGUCAAAUACACGUCCUUCAAGGAGAUGAGGGCGAGGAACAACGCCCCUAUAUUCAACUACGAGCAAGAGGGAGUCACGGUGGAAGUCUUGAAUGACGAGGUCGUCAAGAAAGAUGGAGGCUUCUUCAGAAAGGGAGAAUCUGGAGACUGGAAAAACAAGUUCACCCCCGAAAUGGACGCGAAGGUCAACCAAUGGGUUCAGAAGAACUUGAACAACCUCGGUCUUGAAUUCAAGUACGGAAUUUAAAGUAGAAAAAUGGUAAAUUUUAAGUUACAGAUUUUACUUGAUAACAUUUUACGUCUAUGGGAUUAAACAUGAUAUAGAAUGAAUAAAAACUA